AGUGCAAGAUUCCAAAAUUUCUUCAGCAUCAUCGCCAUGGAAAUGCUCUUCAUAUAAUUAUAUACCCUUUUGUUUUGUUUACAUCUCCAUCUCCACAACUCAAACUUAGAUUAUUAUUCUUUCUCUAAAUUUGAGAAUUUAAGUAUUCAAACAUGGAAGCCAAACUGAGUAGAAGCCUGAUCACAACUCUGGCUCAUAAUCAAAAGACAAAAUGUUCUCGAAGAAUUAUUGUUGCCGUGCUCACAAGGCCACCACCGACCGAUCGUCAUCAUCAUCAUCACCAUGAUAAGAUUAAUUUAAAACCAGUCGGUGAAGUUAUUGAGAAGGCAGUUUAUAAUGAUAACUGGUUUGAACAAAUGGCGAUUAACCAUUUAUCUCGAUGUGUUCAAGAUGCAACAGGAAAAAGAAACCAGAAGGCUGGUUAUGAGAGCUUGGUGGAGGCAGCUACAACAGUUGCGCGAAACUUCAAUCCUUCCCAGCAACGUGAACUCGUCAUUCAAGCUCUUGAAAAAGCCAUUCCAAGCGCACUCCUCCAACUGAUGCGAACGUUGAUCCCACAAACAAAAUUCUCAAGAGAGUUUUUUGCCGUCUUCACCACUGUGUUUUUCGCUUGGCUAGUAGGACCCUGCCAGGUGAAAGAAUCAGAGGUGAAUGGAGGCACAGAAAAGAAUGUGGUUCACAUUAAAAAGUGCAGGUUUCUAGAGGAGGCUAAUUGUGUAGGGAUGUGCACCAAUCUUUGCAAGAUGCCAACUCAAACAUUUAUCAAAGACUCCUUUGGGAUGCCAGUCAACAUGGUUCCCAAUUUUGAUGAUAUGAGCUGUGAAAUGAUAUUUGGUCAGGAUCCUCCUGCUGCAUCCGAUGAUCCUGCAUUCAAACAACCAUGCUACAAAUUAUGCAAAGAAAAGCAAAAGCACAGUGUCAAGUGCUUAACUUAAUGCAGAUGAAGAUUGAAACAAGAAGAGUUUAUUGGAGAAGGUUCAUUAGCCCUGUUAAAUAAUGCCCAGAUUCUUAUUCUCCCUUCUUUUGGAUACAAUAAUUUUAUUUUAUUUAAAAAAAAAAAAAACUACAAAAUCUUGAAACAAAGAUUCUCAGAAGCGCCAUUCUUUACUUUUCCACAGUUUAGGAUUCUAUAA